UUCAAUACGGGGUAUCUAGUGGAGCCCAGACCGGGGUUUGUUGCCAGUCUAAUCAGCAAUGGAGGUAAGUGUGUACGACUCUCCAUUUCUUGAGGCUUCUAGCCUCGUACCUCCUUCCCAUCCCCUUCAACGUCUCUCAAACAUACCCUACACCAACCGCACAGUAUGGCAGACCAGCAAGUCAGCAAGCUAGGCAUUGCGUCUGUGACGCUGAAAGCCACUCUUGCGGCUUCGGCUCGGCUAUGGACAUCGCCAUUCAAAGGCGAGAAAGGCGCCCACACAUACUUCAAAGAUGUUAUGUUCGCAAUGGUGCGGACGCAGCUCGGGAACCUGACCCUCGCCCAAGACCGCCAUCUUAACGCAAGCACGACGGAACAAUACCUGAAGAGUGCGAAGGACCUCGGCUUCGCUCCCGAAAGCACAACACUUCCAAGCGGGAUACAAGGACAUUGGAUAGGAAACAAGAACGCGAAGAAAGUUAUUCUCUACUACCAUGGCGGCGGUUAUGUCGUAGGAGCCAGCGCUGGUCAUUUCUCCUACCUCGUCCAGAUCAAAGACCUCCUCGUAGCACAAGGCGUAGACGUCGGUAUCCUCAUCCCAGCCUACGAUCUCGCGCCGGAGAAGACAUAUCCAAACCAAUUGCGACAAGGCGUCGAUGCUCUCCGUUACCUCAUCGAGAUCGAGGGCCGCAGCCCAGAAGACAUCACACUCGGCGGCGACUCAGCCGGUGGCAAUCUCACACUCGGGGUUCUGUCUCACCUCACGCAUCCUCAUCCCGACAUCCCGGCUCUCAACCUUCCGACCAGGCUCCACGCAGCCCUCCUCAUCUCGCCGUGGUGCUCGUUCAACGUCCAUACGAAAGCUUACGCAGAGAAUGCCGAGAGAGAUAUGCUUGAUGACCGUGUCCUGAGCAGAUGGUCCGGCGCCUUCCUAGGCAGCGACUCGCCCUUCGCCGGCGACUUCUACAACGAGCCCGUUCUCGCUCCAGCGUGGUGGUGGGAAGGCACCGCAGGCGUCGUGGAGGAGGUGUUGUUCUGGGGCGGCUCGUACGAGGUUCUCAUCGACGGUAUCGAGGAGACCGCAAAGAGGUUCCAGCAAGGUUAUGGAGGCAAGGGAGGCAAAGUGGCCGUCGUGAUCUCGCCUAAGGCGGCCCACGUCGAGCCUGUCGUGGAAAACAUCUUGGGGUACAAGAAGGACAGCGGAACGGGUUCCAGAAUCGUGAUUGGGGAUUGGCUCAAGGCGAAGCUGUAGUUUUAUGUGUAUGCCUGUCUAUCGUCUGAGGACAGAUGUUGUAAACAUGUUUCAUAGCGUGUAUAGUGAGCAUUAUACAUAUCUUUGCAUCGUCGAAUGUACGAACCACCAUCAUUUCAGACUACAUCCUCUCAAGUCAUAACUGUUUCGCAAGUUGAAUAUCGUCGAAGAAUCAACUCCGU